GGAAUGAUUGCCAAGUUGUGGACGUUCCGUCCGCGCUCAAAAGGCCGCAAGAUCUCAUGCAAACUUCAGGAAUUUAUUCUCCCCCCGUACUUGCACUACCUAUUUGCUGAGCCUUCCUCCCUUGUCGCUGCUAUCCCUCCCCUACAUCGGUCUCGACAUGGAGGCUCAAGCUUACAGCAGUGCGACGAACAUCCCCGCUCUUCAGAACCUCCGCGCCAGAGGCGUGCCCGAUGUUCCUGAGGAUGUCGAGUUUCUCAUGGAGCAUCUCAAUGACCCUAACUUUGAUUACUAUGCGCUUCCAUCUCCUACCUCCUCCACUACUGAGGUGCAUGAGCUUGAGGACAAAAAGAUAGCCAUGUCAGAGUACUCUGGCGGUGCCUCAGACUUUGAUGCCGAAUCCCGAAUUGAGUCUAGCACGCGCUACUCAACUGCUUCGAGAACCGCCACACCUUCAACAUUCGACUAUGACGACGAGUCACCUUACCCUGAAGUUCGCGCCGCUGUGUCUAGCAUUGAUGACCCCACCAUGCACGUCAAUACGUUCCGCAUGUGGGUCUUGGGUGUCUUCUAUACCAUCCUCAUCUCGGCUCUUAACCAGUUUUUCUCUAUGCGCUACCCUUCCAUUAUUAUUACUGGUAUUGUCGCUCAGUUGACCUCACUGCCCCUUGGCAAAGCGAUGGAGCGAGUCCUCCCCACCACGCGCUUCAAUACCUUGGGGUACACUUGGUCAUUUAACCCGGGACCAUUCAACAUCAAAGAGCACGUUCUCAUCACUGUCAUGGCAAACGUUGUAGUCAGCGGUGCCUACGCCACCGACAUCAUCGCGACCCAGAAGGAUUUCUACAACCAGACCCUCUCUACCUCCUAUCAACUCUGCCUCGUUCUUUCAACGCAGCUCAUCGGCUUCUCUAUGGGUGGCCUUCUUCGCAAAUUCCUUGUCUGGCCCAGCAGCAUGAUCUGGCCUGGUGCACUUGUCUCCUCCGCCCUAUUCAAUACUCUACACAAGUCAUAUGGCAAACCUGAGCAUCGCCACGUCUCACGGGAGAAAUUCUUUUGCAUUGCACUGGGCUGCAGUUUCGUGUGGUACUUUGUACCUGGAUACUUGUGGACUGGACUGAGUGUGUUCAACUGGGUCUGCUGGAUUGCUCCUAACAACGUGGCUGUGAAUGCGCUCUUUGGCACGUCCAGUGGUCUUGGCAUGGGCAUUUUCACUUUUGACUGGUCCAUGAUCUCGUACAUUGGAAGCCCAUUGGUGACGCCUUGGUGGUCUGAGGCCAACACAGCCGUUGCCCUUGUGAUCUGCUUCUGGAUUAUUACACCGAUCAUCUACUUUACCAACACUUGGUUCACCGCAUAUUUGCCAAUUUCGUCCUACAUGACCUUCGACAACACCGGACUGCCGUAUGACCCUUCUAUGGUGGUCGCCAAUUCCACUUUCAAUGUCGCGCAGUACGAGGCUUACUCGCCCGUCUUCAUGACGGCGACCAUGGCUAUUGCAUAUGGUGUUGCAUUUGCCGCUUUCUCCUCAGUGGUCGUGCAUACCUUCUUGUGGUACCGUCGUGACAUCGUUCGCCGCUUCAAGAGCAGCCUCAGGGAUGAGCGCGAUGUUCAUUCGCGCCUGAUGCAGGCAUACUCCGAAGUUCCCCAGUGGUGGUAUGUCAUCCUGGGCCUCGUGAUGCUUCUCCUGCUCUUCAUUACGGUGGAGGUUUUCCCUACGGAUCUCCCCAUCUGGGCCGUUUGCGUUGCUCUCGGCCUCGCUGCACUCCUCGCCAUUCCGGUCGGCAUGCUCCAAGCAAUUACCAAUCAGCAGAUCGCCUUGAACGUUAUGUUCGAGAUGAUUGGUGCCUAUUUGCUUCCUGGAAAACCCGUCGCUGUCAUGAUCUUCAAAGCUAGCGCAUACAUGGGUACAAACCAGGCGGUUGGCUUUGCCGGCGACCUGAAGCUUGGUCAUUACAUGAAGGUGCCCCCGCGUCUCAUGUUUACAGCACAGGUCCUCGCUGCAUUCCUCAGUUGCAUCGUUGUCACCCUCGUGCAGAACUGGAUGUUCGCCAACAUCGUGGACAUUUGCCAACCCAACCAGCCUCAGUUCUUCAUCUGCCCAUCCACCGGUACCUUUGGGAGUGCGUCGCUCCUCUGGGGAAGCAUCGGCCCCCACCGUCUCUUCAGUCCUGGUGCCAUGUACAGCCCAUUGCUCUGGUUCUUCGCCGUCGGUGCCCUCCUUCCCAUCCCCUUCUACUACCUCGCUCGCCGCUACCCCCUCUCUUACUGGAGAUACAUCAACAUCCCCGUUUUCUUCGCCGGCAUUGGCGCCAUGCCUCCUGCCACUGGCAUUAACUUUGCGUCUUGGGCAAUUGUCGGCUUCAUCUUCCAGUGGUUCAUGCGCCGCUACCACUUCAGGUGGUGGAUGCGCUACAACUACAUCCUCUCCGCUGGUCUCGACGCAGGCGUCGCGAUCAGUCUCAUCGUCAUCUUCUUCGUUCUUCAGAUGCCGAAAGGUGGCAUUACCCUCAAUUGGUGGGGUAACAGCGUAUGGAUGAACACCGCAGAUGCACUAGGCACGCCACUCUAUGUGAUGCCUCCUGGCCAGACAUUUGGCCCUUCGACUUGGUCAUAAAAAUGUUACAUCGGAUGGGUGGCCUUUGUAUCAGUACAUGUAAAAUCUCUUCGCACUGCAUGAUUC